UAAUGCUCACCAGAUAAAUAAACACUUUGAGGUUGGGCUUGAAGAAUCUCUAUCAACUCAACCACAUCAAAGAUUUCCAUAAUGCCACUGUGGCACAUAAAGCUUAGGUCAUGAAUGAUGAAUCCUCAUAUCUUGUCAAAACUGAUCGAAUUUACAAACCAACAUAUACAAUUGAGUUUGAUAGAAUAGGAGAAGUGUUGCUGUAACUCAGUCACUAAUCAUUAGUUACUCUUGUGAUCCCCAUAAGCAUCUUACUAUCUUCCUUAAAUAUCCAUAUAUACUUUAUGAGACAGCCAUUCCAUUGUCCAUUUACCUUUGGUUUAAGAACCCAUUAGAUAUUGCAUGGUAUUGGAACAACCUUUUCAUUUAUGCACCUUCAUUUUUGUGGAUUCCAAGAAUGUGGUAAUGAAUCUUUCCAUUUUUUCAUAGGUAUUGGAGAUCAUUGUAAUAUAAAAUACAAAGACUCUCUUUACUAAGAGGUGGUAAAAUAUUAAAGAUGGAGACAAAUACUCUAGCUAAUGAUAAAAACACUUAUUGGUUUGAAACAUAUUAAUCACAUCCAUUAACAGCUGAUUUCACAAAAUUUGAUGAUCGUGAUAAUGCAGAUUUUUUGACAGAAGAAGGACAAUUAAAGUAUGAAUUAGCAUGCCAACUUGAUCAUAUCCAAGAAUUGGGUACAACAGUUUAAGAUGAAGUGAUUUAUUUCAUGAAAGUAUUUGAAUUAUAAAUGGGAAUAGGAAGGAAUAGUUCAUCAUCCUGAAUUAUUUGAAGCAGCAACCAAAGGUUAUGUGAUUGACACAUCCAACUUUGUGAUCAAUACUGCCCAUAAUAUCAGAGCAUUUGAAGGUCAUCACAAUCAAUGAA